AUGACGACUUUGAGUUGGAAUUGUCGAGGGCUUGGGAACCAAGAGACAAUUAGGGAGCUUCAUGAGUUAGUUACAUCUAAGAGACCCAAUUUUAUCUUUUUAAUUGAAACAAAAAUUAAAAAAGAACGUGUGUUUAAAAUAAGGAAGGAGUUGGGGUUUGCUGGGGGUUUUGCAGUUGACCCGAUUGGUAUUGGAGGAGGUAUUGCUCUUUUUUGGAAGAUAGAAAAUAGUGCACAGUUGCUGAGCUUUUCCAAUCAUCACAUUGAUGUUGAGGUUAAGCUAGAUGGUUGUACGGGUUGGCGCUUGACAGGUUUUUAUGGGUAUUCAAAAACUUAUCAACGAAGGCUAGGAUGGAAUUUACUUCGAACUCUGGAAAACAAGUCAACACUACCAUGGUGUGUAAUUGGCGAUUUCAACGACAUUUGUUUUCAAUCUGAGAAGCAAAGUUCUACAGCUCAUCCAACGUGGUUAUUAACUGGUUUUCGACAAACUUUAACAGAUUGUCAGCUGUAUGACUUGGGUUUUGAAGGGGUAAAAUUUACCUGGAAUAAUGGUCGGACAGAUCUGACGAGGGAAAGACUUGAUAGAGCUGUGGCUAGUAAUUCAUGGAAAAGCAAAUUUCCUAUGGCGAAACUGCAUGUUUUACAGACAAGUGAGUCGGAUCAUUUGCCUUUAUUUCUUUUUUUGGGCAUUACAAUUCAGAAAUAUGUAGCAAGGAGGUUUCGGUAUGAAAAUGCCUGGUCGUUGGAGAUGGAUUGUAAGAAGGUUGUUGAAGACGGAUGGAGAGUAGAGCAGCAUGCAGAUAUCGAGCAUCGCAUUUUUAACUGUACACAAACCAUUCAACAGUGGGCGAAACAUCACCAACAGGAAUUUCGAACUCAGUUGAAUGAUGCAAAACGUCGGAUGGACUGGCUUCAACGUCAAUCAGCUCUAAAUUCUUCAGAAUUAAAAAAAGCACAGGAACGGUAUAGUAAUCUGUUGUUACAGAAGGAAAUGUACUGGAAACAGAGAUCUAAACAGUAUUGGCUUGCUCACGGGGAUGCUAAUACGAAAUAUUUUCAUGCUACCGCUUCCAAUCGAAGACGAAAGAAUAUGUUCCAGAAGCUGAAAAAUGACGAUGGUAAUUGGGUAGAAUGGGAGUCGGGUCUGCCUAAUCUGAUUCUUGAUUUUUACACGAAGCUGUUCACUUCUGAGGGUGGUGACACAGAACCAGUAUUAAGAUAUGUACAGAAGCGGGUUACGGUGAGGCAGAAUGAGAAACUGAUGACUGAUUUUUCUGCAGAGGAGGUCAGAGAAGCAAUUUUUUCUAUGCAUCCGGAUAAGGCACCAGGGCCUGAUGGUUUAAAUCCUGGUUUUUUCCAAGCCUAUUGGGAGAUUGUAGGUGAAGAUGUUACAAAGGCUUGCCUAAAAUGUCUUAAUGAAGGGAAUUCUUUGCCUGGAAAAAACGUGACGAACGUGGUGCUUAUUCCCAAAAAGAAAACUCCAGAAGUGGUGGCUGAUUUGCGCCCAAUCUCGUUAAGUAAUGUGGUGGAUCGAAUAGUAUGUAAAGCCUUGGCAAAUAGACUUAAAUCUAUAUUAGCUGAUGUGGUUUCUGAUUCACAAAGUGCUUUCAUACCAAAUCGGUUAAUCACGGACAGCAUUAUAGUGGCUUAUGAAUUGUUUCACACUAUGAAGCGGAAGACCCAAGGGCUUACGGGUUUUUUAUCUCUCAAAACAGACAUGUCCAAAGCUUACGAUAGAAUUGAAUGGGGUUACUUGAAGCAAAUAAUGUUGGGGCUUGGUUUUUGCGAAUUGUGGGUGGAAAAAAUUAUGAGAAUUGUAACUUCAGUUUCAUAUAUAUUUGUUCGAGGGGCAGAGGAGUAUGGUCCGUUAUUUCCACAUAGAGGGUUGCGACAAGGGGAUCCUCUGUCACCCUACUUAUUCAUUCUAUGUGCUGAUGGUUUAUCUCAAAUGCUGUCUAAAAUGCAGGCUCAAGGGAAGAUUCAUGGGGCUCAAGUUUGUCGAAAUGCUCCACCAAUUUCUCAUAUUUUUUUCGCUGAUGAUGCCCUUUUUUUCACUAAAGCUACUGAAGGAGAGGCGUUACAUUUAAAGGAAAGCUUGUUGGCAUAUGAAAUUGCAUCUGGUCAGAAGAUAAAUCUGUCCAAGUCAUCAGUAAUGUUCACUCCUUGUACACCACAACCGAAACGAGACGUUUGUUGUCAUAUUUUUGGAGUGCAGGCUGUAGAUAAUCACGGCAGCUAUUUGGGGAUGCCCUCAAUUAUUGGUAAGGAUAAAAAACAAAUUUUUCAGUUUGUGGUGGAAAAAUUGACGAAGAGGAUUCAGGGCUGGAAAGCAAAAAUUUUGUCCAAAGCGGGGAAAGACGUUCUUUUGAGAACAGUAGCACAAGCAAUGCCGAAUUACAUCAUGUCAUUAUUUCUACUUCCUAUUGAUGUUUGUAAGGAGUUAGAGAUGGUGAUGAAUUCCUUUUUUUGGAACAAUGGCAAGUCAAGCUCCAUUCACUGGCUACGAUGGAAAAGAAUGGUGGUGCCCCAAGCCAAUGGAGGUCUCGGAUACAGGGACCUACGGCUGUUUAACUUGGCCCUUCUCGCCAAACAAGGGUGGCGGAUUUUACGUCAUCCAGAUUCUUUGAUGGCUAAGAUUUUGAAACAACGGUAUUUCCCUGAUACUGAUUUUUUCUCAGCUGAAGUAGGUGGAAAUCCAAGCCAGAUUUGGAGAAGUAUAUGUGCGAGUCGUUCAAUUUUAAUGGCAGGUUGUAGAAGAAGAAUCGGUGAUGGUCUCUCUACAAGGGUUCGAGAGGAUCCAUGGCUUUUAGAUGACAACCCUUAUAUUCAGUCUGUUUUUUUGGAUGAUGAGAUUCAGUUGGUUGCAGAUUUAAUUCAGGGUGGAAGAUGGAAUUCUCAAUUCAUUUUGAGUAAUUUUCAAGCUAGAGAUGUGGAGCUCAUACAACAAAUUCCUUUAUCCAUGCGCCAACAAUCAGACAUGUGGUAUUGGAAUCAGAACAGGCUUGGGGUUUACAAGGUGAAAGAAGGAUAUAGACUUGCUAUAGAUGAAGCGGACCAUCAGUUUUAUUUGAAUGAUGAUAUGUGGGAACGAAUUUGGAAGGUGAAGGUACCAGCAAAAGUCAAUUUUUUUAUAUGGAGAGUACUUCGUGGGUGCUUACCUUGUAAUUUUAAUUUGAGGAAGCGUAAGGUUGAAGUACAGGAUGCUUGCAUUGUUUGUGGCUUAUUCCAGGAAACCGAGUUACACCUGCUUCAUGAUUGUACUCACGCCCAAGCUGUGUGGGUGUCUUCCAUAAUAGGAUGGGAACCCAUACAUGAUCUUAAAAUAUGGUUUUCUAAUCUUAUUAUGACAGGUACACAUACCCAGAAAGAAGAAUUAUUUAUGUUGUCUUGGAGUCUAUGGCACAGCAGGAAUCAAUUAUUAUGGCAGCAGAAGCAUGAAGAUUCUUUGGUGGUUCUUCAUAGAGCCCGGUCAACUUUACAACAAUGGCAGAAUGCUCAACUAAAGCCGAAGGAGAAUGUAGUGGCAUUGGCGCGUAAUAGACAAUGGAUAGCACCAGAAAUUGGAAAGUUCAAAUGCAAUAUUGACAUAGCUAUUUUGACAAACAGCAGGUUCGGGUUGGGUUUUAUUCUGCGUAAUCAUCAGGGGUUAUGUGAGGCUGGAAAGAUUGAAGCUAUUUAUGGGAAUGCUGACCCAACGAUAGGAGAGGCGUUAUGUUUCAGAGAAGCACUAAGUUGGUUGAAAACAUUGCCAUAUCAUCAUGUUACUGUGGAGACGGAUUGCCAGGUAGUAACGAAAGCCUUGAUAUCUCAAGAUAAUGAGGUUUUAUCUUAUUUUCAGAGUAUUAUCGUUGAUUGUAAAGCUCUAUUAAAUGAGCUACCGAAUGUGAGUUUUCGUUUUGUGUAUAGAUCAGCGAAUCAUGUUGCCCAUUGUUGUGCAAGAGCGGCUGGUUCCAUGUCUGGUCUUUCUUGGGGGGUAUGCCCUCCUAAUUUUCUGUAUGAGGCUUUGAUGAUGGAUUUUAAUAAUAUGCGCUAA